UUCACUUCCUGUAUUUAAGCGCGGCAACAAAGAGCCUCACUUAGCAUCCGAGCCUCCUCCUCAGCUCCUGUUCUCCUCGCACCUCCGUCUGUUCUGUCGACCCGAGAAGAUGCCGGAGGAAACCACCGCCGCGUCCAGCUCCGCGAGCGCGGACGAGAAGCCAUGUUCUUCAUCUUCAUCCGCUGCAGACAGCUCUGUCGACGUCAUGGACGAGGCCAAGAAGCUGAUCGGCACAGGGAACAGACAUCUGGUGAUGGGAGAUGUCGUUUCUGCAGUCAGUGUGUUCCAGGACGCCUGCAGCAUGCUGGCUGCAAAGUACGGAGACACUGCAGAUGAGUGUGGCGAGGCCUUCUUCCUUUGUGGGAAGUCCCUGCUGGAGCUCGCCAGGAUGGAGAACAGUGUCCUUGGCAAUGCCCUGGAGGGAGUCCCAGAGGAGUCGGAGGAAGACGAGCAGCCCAGCAACUCAAACAUUGAGAGCGCCACCAAUCUUGAUGAUGAUGAUGAUGAGGAUGAAGACGACGAUGAUGAAGAUGGAGAGAAAAAUGGACAAGAUAAAGAAGAGGAGGAAGUUGGGAAUUUGCAGUUGGCCUGGGAGAUGCUGGAAGUGGCCAAAUUCAUCUAUAAGAGGAAGGAGAGCAAAGAUGAACAGCUGAUGGCAGCACAGACGCACCUGAAACUCGGAGAAGUCAGCGCUGAAUCAGGCAACUACCCUCAGGCACUAGAGGACUUCCAGGAGUGUCUCACCCUGCAGCUGAAGCACUUACCCUCCCACAGCCGCCUGCUGGCUGAGACCCACUACCACGUCGCCACCACACUGUGCUACAUGGACCAGUACAGCCAGGCCAUCCAGCACUACAACAGCUCCAUUAAAGUCAUUGAGGCUCGUCUGGCCAUGUUGCAGAAGGCCAUCGACAAAGCGAAGGGAGCAGAUGUAGCAGCGGAAGAGAAGACCGAGAUGGAGGAGCUGAAGCAGCUUCUGCCUGACAUCAAGGAGAAGGUGGAGGAUGCCAAGGAGAGCCAGAGAACAGUUACCACUGCCAUCCAGCAGACACUAGGCGGUGCUUCAACCUCUUCAGCAUUCUGUGAAAACGGUGGCCCUUCAUCCUCCACAGCCUUUCCCACAGCCAGCAAGAUUCCAGUGACAUCAGCUGACGGCGCCUCAUCCUCAAAAGUGUCAAACAUCUCCCACCUCGUCCGGAAGAAGAGGAAACCAGAGGAGGAGAGCCCAGUAAAGGACACUGACGCUAAGCAAGCGAAACAGGAAGCCACAGUUAAUGGCAGCGCCGACUCUAGUGCCAGCAACGGCAAAGGAGUCGAGGAGGGAAAAUCCCAGGAGGCGAGUGAAGGGCUUGUGUCUUUACGAUCUGAUGUAUGUGUCCAACAGAAGACGUUGGAUUAUCGAGGGGACAAGAAACGUGCAGGAGCUGCAUGUGGUCCCUGGUGGAGCUUCCAUCCCAUUAGCUUGAGUCUGUCAAAGAUGUGUUGUUCCUCUUGGAGGGAAGUUACUUCUCAAACCGAACUACCAGCACGUUGGGAGGAAUCCUGUCUUUUGGUUCUUUAACGAGUUGUUAAACCUGCAGCUUAACUCUCCUCUGAGUCGCUGUUGGUUCACAGAGCACCUCUAACCACAUGUGUAGCAUCAGCUGCAACAGUCUCUAGACCAGUUCUGUUUGCUCUGCAUCCCUUCUGCAAAGGGGAACCAGCAAACAUCCCAUAAAGAUUAGACGGAUCAUGUUUUGGUUCCUGCUGCUGUACUAAACGUUCUCUCUCUCUCUUC